AUGGACGAGGACUGGACAGGGAUGGUUAAUCUUUUGCCGCCGCCCCACACCCCUGAUAAAAAUCCUCCCCCACCCCCCGCAGAUGCCAAUUCAAGCCUUUUCACUGGGAUGGGCAAGAAACGUGUGGCCUUCCAGAUGUUCCUGCCUACAACUCCCAUCACUCCUAGGACUGUCUUUUAUUUGGAGUACAAGCUGGCAAAGCUGCUUCUCUGCCCGCUGGAUGAGAAGUACCCAGCCAGCCGCUAUGCAAUUCGUGGGUACAGUCGUCAGUCUGAUAGCGCUGGUGUUUCCAGCAUUCCCAGUCGUUCAUCAACACGGCGGCAGUCCACUGGGAUGCCAAGCCACGAGCUGCUACGACUUCCUAGCCAAACACGGAGCACCCCAGCCUGCCUAGGCCGUUUUGCAAGCUUGUCUGGCCAAAUUUCCAUCGAAGCCUCCUUGGAGUUCCCAGGUGUCUUGAGCUUGGGCCAGUCUCCAGUGACAGAUCAUCCGAGAAGCAGCCUUCAGCUCCAGAGGCUUUUGUCUGACUCCAGCACAGAAAGGACAAAUGGAAGGCUCAUGAGUGGCUGUACCAGUCCUGGUGAGCCGGAGGUAUCUCCUGUCCAUCUGAGCAGAGCUGCUGCUCCUACUUCCUCACCCGAUCCAGAGUUCACUGAGCGUUGCAUGGCUGGGAGUUACAGGAAGCCAUUCUCAGGACCCAGGAAGGUUUUGCAGUUUGACCUGAAUGAGACAAGCUCCACUAAGGAAGAGCUGCAGGACUCACCUUUUUCUCCUGGCUUUGGAAAUGCUGCUCUGCAACAGCUGAAAGAAGACAUCCUGGGGACUAGAGCUGGGAUGGAUAACUUCCGGGAGUUCCUCCAUGGCACGCUGGGGAUCUACCUCCUAGACUUCUGGAUUGACUGUGAAGAUUUCAUGGCACACACCAGGCACUUGGAGGCCAGAGCUACACCCCAGGAGACCCAGCUGUUCUUUUGCAGUGCUCUCCGGAGCAUUCAAGCCAAGUACCAGCUGACAAUUCCACCUGCCGCUCAAGAGGAGCUUGGUGCAGGCGCAGAGGAGACCGCUUUUGCUGCUGUGAGCAGGAAGCAGUAUGAUGCCCUGAGGCGCCUGCGCUGCUACUGGGUCCCCCGAUUCCUCAUUCACCACCAGAGGACCCGGCAGCUCAGGUGGCCAAAGGGACACGAUGAGCUAUAUAAAAAGAAACAAAGACUGGAGAAUGGUCAAUUUAGGAAGGAUGGAAUAAGUGAGAUUAGUUCAACUGAGCAGUUGGACCUCCCAGAAGAUCCCUUUGAAACAUUGACGACCACCCGAUUUCUCCAGAUACUGAUGUGUGAUCUGGGGGAUGGUGACAGCUUCCUUCACUACUUGACUCGGUUUGAGGAUCCACAGGAGAUCCAUAACUUGUGGUUGUGGAGGAAGCUAAAGCUCUAUGAAAUGGCCUGGGAGCACCAGGCAAGCCCAUCGGAAGUCCACCAGAUUGCCUUGGAGAUUUUUCACACGUUUCUGGCAUCUUAUGCAACAUGUAGCACAGGGCUUAGCUCCAGUCUCCUAGAAUACAUCCAUCGUCUUGAGAGGAUGCUUUCCAUUGGCAGUGGAGACUUGAAGCCUUCUACUUUUGAACCCGUGAUUCGUUAUGUGCUGGCUGUUCUGGGUAGGGCAUGGCUCCACUACCUUCACCAUGAGGUCACAACAUUCCUUGAACAUUGUGUAUCAGCCUCUCACUUGGAUGCUCAAAGUAUUGGGAGCAAAGGCCACAGAGUAAAGCAGGAGAGGAUUAAGAAGCAAAAGCAGAAUUUCUGGUUUUAUGGUCUGGAAGUCAGAGGAAGGCACAGGAAAAGGGGCAGAAAGAAGGCGGCUCCCAUGUCUCACCGUAAAGGCAGUGCCGAUCAAGGGUCUCAAGACGCCCCCACCCCUCCAAAUGUACCAGACUUGCUCAGCAAUCCCAUUGUGUUCAAUGUAUAUAGAAAAGCAGCCCAGAAAAUGCGAGAUGUGGAACUGCAAAGGGUUCUGGGACUGCUACAGGAAGUGGAGGCUUGCCAGGAAGCCACAGAGAGCAAAAAGCGUCUGGGCUGUGUGAUGAAACUUCUAGAUAUGUGGGGGAAGCUAGGGACUGUGGGAUUAAGUGUCUGUCUUCCCAAAGAGCUGAAGAUGAGGUUGGAGGAAGAGGUGGCCCAGGGAGAAAUAAGUGACUUCAGCUGGAACGAAAUCCGACUUGCCUUGCGCUCCUUCGUGGCGCCUGCUUUUGAGCGGUUUUGGGACGAGGUGGGCGAGGGGCUGAAGAAACAUGGGGUGCAGCCCUCCCAAAUCCCAGAGGAGUCCUGGAGCAAGCUGGAACCAUUCCUACACACGAUAGCUGCCAAAGUGGCUCUGCGGCGUUUAAGGAGCCGGAAAGCCCGAGUUGGUUCUGCGGCCACCGCUCAGCCUACCCAGGAAGACAAGGCCUCUUUCCUGCAGUCCUUAAGGAAAGCUGCAGAGGGCUGGCCCACCAUUGAGAUGCUCCAUUUCCUUAAACACCUCCAGGUGCACGGCCCACCUGUGCUGGAGAGCGGCCUGCAUUUUCUCUUGGAGGUGCAGAAAUUCAAGAACGCCCACCACCCCUGGCCUGACAUGGCCCUGCUGAAGACAAAGGUCCUAGUGAUACGGGACUGUUUCCUCGCCUCUCCCAUUGAGCCACAGCUACAGGUGGCUGUGGAUGCUCAGCGGCUGGGCAGAGUUAUCCGGGCAGCUGAGCAGGCCCUCCAGAAGGAGAUUCCAGCGCCCCCUCCAAACCUGUUUGACGAGCUGAGAGAUUCGGUCUUCAGCAUUCUGCUGCCGUACUGGGCUGGCUUCCAGAAACACUGGCUCAAGCGGUCCCCUGCGAGCGCACAAAAAGCCCCAGUGUUGAGAAAUCAGCUGCUCCUACAGAAGAGACGGGUCAAGCUCGAAGGGCCCCGCGCUCCCCCGCAGCCUCUCCGCCUGCCCAGGAGAGUGCAGGGAAGCAGGUGUCAGGAUGCUUUGACGUACACCUUCUCCAUCAGCGAAGGCCUGACGCUACAGGACACUAGCAAAGAAGGCACGAGCUCCAUCAAAAACAGCUCUUCUGUGUUUGGAAAAAGGAAGAAGUCAACUGGAUUUCAGUUUCCCUCACUUCCCAAUGUACCAGUGCAGACCUGAACCAGAUGAAAGGAGUUGCCAAUAUGCAGAUCCAAAGACUUUGCAGUAACACCAGGCAGCAGCCAGAAGCGACCUUUGAAGUGUUUUACAAUCGUGCUUUGGGAAAGCAGCCGUGCUGCCUAGAUUUAACAGAGGGGCCCACAGGAGCAAGCUCAGAGCCAGGAAGCGAUCCAGUGGAGAAAAUGCACACACUCACUCUCUCUGCUGUUGGUCAGGCUGGAAGAACAAAGAACUUAACACCCAGCUGAGAAUGCCCCUAACCCUUUGGUAGCCAAAGCGUCAUCAGGGACAUCUCCGGGCCCCCGAUCUAAAUGCAAGUUUGCUGUGUAAGUGCCCAGGAUUAAUAUUAGUCCCUGCCAAACAGAAUUGGGACGCCUUCUUCUGACACAGGGGUAGCUCUAGGGAGCAGAGGAUCUCAAAAGAGCAGCUUGCUCUUCCUCCAGGGAAGGGUCACUGGCCUCUGCUAAGGCUUUCCAGCUCCUGCCCUAACCUAUUAAAGUCACUUGGCGGCAGCAGCCGGCCCCUUAGUCCUGGCAAAAGCCAAACAGCUGGAAGCUGCCAUCAAAUCGCACAAGGUUAGUUCUGCUAAUGAGGUCUGUGAGUGGCAGAGCAGCUGCUGUCAACAUGGCAUUUUCAUCCUCAGCUUUUACAGCCUACAGCUGGGGAGACCCACAUUUGCUAUAACUGCCCCCUUUCCCACACAGCUCCAUAGAUUGUUUGGCCUGCAUCUUUUGGGGGAAUCAUAAUGGGGACCCCCUUCUCCUACCCAACGAGCACCAUCUUGGAAGGGCUUCUGCCUUGAAAGGCGGCCAAGAAAUAUUUUAAAUAAAUAAAUAAAAAUUAUCAGGUGUGU